UUACAGGUUUAAGCCAGUUUCUGAUCACUUAAAUCUGUCUAUGUGUAAUAUCUGUCCCUAGCCUAAGUGUGGGUAUUCACAUACUUUUGAUUGAUCAUAGUCAUCUUUCACGGACCCCUUAGAUAUCGUCUGCGGACUGUCGGGUCUGCGCCCCGCAGGUUGAAAACCACUGUACUAAACAAUUUACCUCCAAUAGAGGGGGGAGAAAACUGUAGUGGGAGCCAGCCCUGUGUGGGGAAGGCAGCAGAUCCUUCUGACAGGUUUCCUGGCACUGCAUUUAGAAACAGAAGCCUGAAAUGAAAUAAAUCAACUAGAGGAAAAAAGAGGAACCAAACUGAGAUGUGGAGGCAGCAAAUUCUCAGGUAGGCCCUUUUAAACAUUUUCCUUGAAUCAAGCAGUUGUUGGGCUUCCCCUGGCCACUGUUUGUUUAGUGACUGAAACAAAGGCCCUUGGUUUAGCUCCACAGAGUAAAUAUUUGAGGUUAUGGAUUAACCAGCCUGCAGUAGCUCUCAUGGCAGAAGACUAGAUAGCUGGGAUUCAUCCUGGGUAAGUGUAUGCUUCAGAAGUAUGGUAUCCUUCUGUAUUUAAAAGUGAGGCUUUAUUUAAUUAAUGUGAACUGUGCCAAAGCUGUUUGGUAGGAGAUGAGGAGAGGGCAGGAGGGAGAAGGUUCAGAGAGAAAGGAAAUGUGGCAGGGAGUGGGCGGGGAGCUGUGUAGAGGGAGCUAACGUAUGGUUAGGAUGGACUUCAGUGAUCCACAGCUUUCGAUCUGGAAUCCACCUAGGGGCAGGGACAAGUCAGCAUUUCAGAUGUGAACCUGCCAUGUAGACAAUACAUGAAGGAUCGUACUGAUCUUCUCUCCAGCUGGACAUUUCUCUAUCUUGGGGCCAUGCUGCAGCCCAGCGGGUGCACUCUUUCAUGCUGUUUACUCUCUCAGGUGUCACCUCCUGCACUAUGUGGAGAUUCAUGACCUUUUCCUGGACAUUGUUGGCUGCCUGCUCUUUCUGUCUACUUGAGGCCUCAGUGUUUUACAGCCGUGAAGAUGCAAACAAAGUCCUGAAAAUCCAGAAGCGAGAAAACUCUUUUCUGGAGGAGCUCAAGGCAGGCUCUUUGGAGCGAGAAUGUAAUGAAGAAUCAUGUGACCUGGAAGAGGCAAUGGAGAUAUUUGAAAGCAGGGAAGCAACACUAAGUUUCUGGACCAAGUAUAUUGAUGGAGAUCAGUGUGAAAAACAACCUUGCAACAAUGGAACCUGUCUGGAUGCUAUUGGAGGGUUCAACUGCAUUUGUAACAGAGGCUGGGAGGGACUUCUAUGCCAGCAUGAGGUUCUAUACACCAACUGCUCCAUUUGUAAUGGAGGAUGUGAUCAUUACUGUAAGGAGGAUCCUGGCAACCAGCGCCGCUAUUGCAGCUGUGCUUUGGGAUAUAAGCUAAUGGAGGACUAUUCUCAGUGUUUGCCUGAUGUGGAGUUCCCUUGUGGAAAAGUGAAAGUAAAUGUGGAAUCCAAAAAAGAUAUCCAUAUUCGACUCAUUAAUGGGAAAAUUGGAAGGAAAGGAGAUAGCCCCUGGCAGGUUAUGUUGUCAGAUGGCAGGGGGAAAUUUAAGUGCGGGGGAGUCCUUAUCCAUACAGCCUGGGUCCUAACAGCAGCGCAUUGUGUUGAGGAUGACAGGAGGUACAAAGUAAAACUCGGUAAAUAUCACCGUCUGAGGGAUGAGGAAACAGAGCAAAUAAUUUUGGUUGACAAGGUAGUGAUACAUGAAAACUAUACCAAGGCUGACUCUGAUAAUGAUAUAGCCAUGCUGCACCUAGCUAAGCCCAUGGUCUUUAACAAAAACGCACUACCUAUUUGUCUUCCUACGAAGGAACUGGCAGAGCAGGAGCUGACCAGAAGUGGGAAGAAGAUGGUGGUGACUGGCUGGGGCAGCAAAACUGAAAAGACCAUGAAUUUUUCUAAUGUUCUCAAUUACAUUGAAAUCCCCUUGGUUCCACGUAAUGAGUGUGUCCAAGUUAUGCGACAUGAUAUCUCAGAGAACAUGCUGUGUGCAGGGAUCAUUGGAGACCAGCAGGAUGCCUGUGGUGGGGACAGUGGAGGUCCCAUGAUCACAACGUUCAAGAACACCUCAUUCCUAGUGGGACUGGUGAGCUGGGGAGAAGGCUGUGGGAAAUCAGAGAAGUUUGGAGUUUACACCAAAGUCAGCCAAUACCUUCAGUGGAUCCAAAGGCAAAUGAAAGCAUCAGAAAAUACAUCUAACAACUGAUUCUUAUUAAGAUGAAUCUGGACUGCGUGGGUCAAGUGCCAGCGACGGCACACAAAGCAAUGUACUGUUGUGUCUUCUGGAAUUACAUCUAUAAUGUAUAAAGCAAGAAUAUUUCAGUUACGUGUACUGUUUU